CAAUCUCAUUCCGAGCUAAUACAAUAAGAGAGAGAGAGAGAGAGAGAGGUACUGAGCAUAAAGAGAGUGAGAACAAGAUGUGGCUAGGAGGGGUAGUGAACGGGGUGAAGCCAUAUUUGUAUAUGGUGCUGCUGCAGAUCGGUUUCUCCGGCAUGUACAUCGUCGCGGCGGCUUCGCUCAAGCGCGGCAUGGACCAUUACGUCCUCGUGGUGUACCGAAACGCCGUCGCAGUGGUUGUCAUUGCACCCUUUGCGCUGUGGCUCGAGAGGUCAAGGCCCAAGAUGACUAUCUCCAUCUUUCUGAAGAUAAUGGCGCUCGCGUUACUCGAGCCCGUGCUUGACCAAAACUUUUACUACAUGGGAGUUAAGUUAACCUCCGCAAGCUUUGGAUCAGCUUUGUACAACAUGCUCCCUGCAGUUACCUUUCUCUUGGCCACACUCCUAAGGAUUGAGAAGGUGAAUAUAAGGAAGAGGCGUGGCCAAGCUAAGAUAGUGGGAACCAUUGUGACCGUUGCGGGAGCAUUGCUCAUGAUACUGUACAAAGGCCCUGCAGUAGAGUUUCCAUGGUCUAAGGGGGGAACUCACCACACCACUUCCCCGGGACAAAACAGUGGAAACUGGCUCAAAGGAACUAUCAUGCUUUUAGGAAGUUGCACUUCUUGGGCCGCUUUUUUCAUACUGCAAUCGAACACACUGGACAGUUACCCCGCAGCGCUCUCGCUGACGGUGUUGAUAUGCCUUCUGGGCGGGAUGAUGAGCGGCACGGUGGCUCUCAUUGUGCAACGCGGUGACCCCAAGCCUUGGCUCAUUGGCUUCGAUAUGCGCCUUUUCACCGCCAUCUACGCUGGAGUGGUGUGCUCAGGUGUGGCCUAUUAUGUGCAAGGGAUAGUGAUAAAACAGAGGGGCCCAGUUUUUGUUACAGCAUUUAACCCACUGUGCAUGAUCGUAACGGCUGUGAUGGGAUCAAUCAUUCUAAAAGAGGAGAUCACCUUAGGAAGUGUAAUUGGUGCAGUUAUUAUAGUAGUAGGCCUCUACUCCCUCAUCUGGGGCAAAAACAAGGAUGACUUGACCCAACCCUCAAAUUCAAGUGAAAAUAAACAACAAAACGAGUUGCCAAUGACUACUACACUUCACACUGGCAAAUUGGAAAUUAUCAACCAUGACUCUGAGAUGAAGGGUCAAAAUGGAAAAUUCUAAAAUAUUUGGUGGUCCACUCACUAAGUGCAAUCCCCAAGGGAUUCUACUUGUAGUACUUUUCUUUUUUUUUUUCUCUUUUUUUUUAAGUCCUUGAUACGUGUUUUCGCUAACUUAUGAGGUGCAUAAAAUAGAGGGACAUGGGAUAUGGACAAGCUUUUGUUGUAGUAAUUAAUGAUGAUGCUUUAUGUAGUAUAAUCUAUAGUGAUGUUCUUUUAUUUUUCCUGCUUUUUUGGCCUUUUUUUUGGUGUGAUAUGUGACACAUAUGGAAAACAAAAUGGUUGAGGGAUUC